AUGUCAAUGCCGACGACUGGCUUGGUGGUGCCACCGGGUCAAUCACCACCAUUCGCUGUUGUGACGAGUACUGAUCAUUCGGCGUGGAUCAUCAUCGCAACGGCAUUGGGGCUUUCUUGCCUCUUGGUAUUCAGUGGGAUCAAGUCUUUCGCUAGGACUUCGAUGGGAAAAGGCGUUAGUUAUGAUGAGAUAUGUCUUUUGGCUUCAACGCUGCUGGCAGCUAUUCAAUCAUCGGUAGUGUUGGGAGCCUGCGCCAAAGGCUUAGGCAAAUCCAUCGAACUUGUAUCAGUCAAGAAUCAAGCCCAGAUAGAGCAAAUGUGGUAUACGAGCUUGCUGUUGUUUGUCAUAUCCCUCGGAUUGUCCAAAACUUCAGUAGUCGUCUUAUUGGGCAGUUUGACCCCAGAUCAGAAACACAAGAAAAUCUUCCGCAGUGUGAUUGGCUUGACGGCUGCUUGGACAGUUGCGAGUCUGUUUGCGGUGGCUUUACAGUGCAAUUUAGCUCAUCCGUGGAAAACCAUAGGACAGCGCUGUGACAACGUGUCUUUAAGAUGGCAGGUCAUAUCUGCUUUUGAUAUCGUUUUCGAGCUCGCAUAUGUUGCAUUAUCGUUUUACCUAGUAUGGAGUCUUCGGACAAGCAAAUCAAAUAAAACUAUUGUCGUUGUGGCAUUUGGGUUUCGUCUUCCUGUGAUCAUCGCCAUUGCCUACCGACUAGCCAGAUUUGAUGUAAAUGGAUUGACCACGAACCCAAUGUUUCUCGAGGAUGAGUUUAUUAUAUGGACACAGAGUGAAAUGAACUAUUCCGUCAUUGCCGCCAUUAUACCAAGUCUUCGACCUUUUGUCAAAAAUCUUUCUACAUAUUACGGCCAGGAGCUGGGAGGAAGAUCGGGAUAUACAUUGGAGGAUUCAGAGAACUAUCAACUUUCCAACCUAGGCUCCGCCAUGCGAAAUGAAAGCCACCACAGAGAGAGCAGAAUUCGAGAAGAUGUGGAUCCAGACGAUUAUAAAUUUCGAGUUUGGGCAAACGAGCCAGAACGAGGUGCGAGGAAAGGCAAGAAUCCGGGAGAGGGAGGCUCGAAGUUAUGGAACAAGGCCGGGGAAGAAGGAACAGAUGGAUUGAGUGUGGGGAGCAGUGAUUCUCAGCGGAUGAUCAUCAAGAAGGAUACUACAUGGACGGUACAGAUGGAUUGA